UUCACGUCAGCCAUAAGCAUCGUCAUCGGCGACAACACAAGCGUGUGCCGUGAUUCCUGAAUAUUUCAACGCUGCAACCAUGCAUGACCCAUUCGAAGUGAGAAUGCAGUUCCUCGGGCUCAUUCGCAAGCUGAAUGCGUCACAACAAUCGAUACAAAAAGAUCUGUGGGAGUGCAUUAUUGAGGAGUGUCAGAAGGGCUCCAUCAAUCACCGCAUAAAUAUUCUUUACUUUCUUGACUCCCUUUGUGAAGCGUCGUCAUUAGCGAAGGCACAUCAACUCCCAGAACAGUCAUCUUCAUCAAGUAGACAAGUUAACAACACGUUGUAUGUCGACUACGUCUCGCGGGAUCUGACGCAGAUUGUGGAAUGCGUUGUGCCUGUGGGUAGGCAAGGGCUACCUAAUCUACCAAGUACCAAACAGAUCCUAGAAAACUGGCGCACAAAACGAAUGAUAGAGCCGCAAAAAGUUGACGAAGUCCUAUCGCUGCUAUCUUCUAGAGACUCAGCACCAGAUACGAUCUCGACAUCUGCGGCACCUUCAGCAGCAAAAUCUGAGCCGCAUCUCUCUCGCGGCGAAAUAUUCAAGCGUAUCGAAGAGGACCGAGAGCGACAUAAACGCCUUCGAGAACGACGGUGGGUUCAGGCACAGCCUCAUUCUGGUCCUGCAGUCCCGUCUUAUUCGACAUUCACGCUUGCGAGUUUCUUGCCGCUGAGCGACACAGAAAAUGCCGAGCUAGCGCUGGAUAUAGAGUUUGAGAAUGAGUGGGAGGCAACAAGCGAUUGGAAUGAGGACGACGUUGAAGUGACUGCGGAGGAGAGGGAGCUUUGUCAUCCGCAUUUGAAGCGGAAGGGAUUUACUAAUGACGAAGACGAAGGAGAGCAAGAGAUGGAUAUAGAUCUGUGAUAUUUGCAGUGAAGUACCGUGCUGUGGAACGUGAGCGGAUGUUUCUAGAUUCUGACACUAGAAUCUGAAACAUCGCUCAUGUUGGGUCGUUAUAGUCAGUUACGCGUAGUUGUUGUCAGACCGACUCAGACGAGCUCACAGUAAUUAUAGUGUUGUGUAUGGCUGGAA